CAAACCCAUUCCCAAAACCCUACUGCCUUUUCCCCUAUUCUUCGAACUCCUCGCCGUUUCUUCGUUUUCGUUUUUCUUACUUGUUAUUUCUCCCAACUCUUCGCCAUUAUUCUCCACUUUCAUCCUUCGUUCCGAUUUCGAUCGUUGCUACUGAGGAGGGCGUUUCAGAUUCAAACCACUGACCAUUAUUGCAUAUCCACAACGUGCUCUAGGGUUUUCUCAUUGGGAUAAGGAAAUUGAUAGAAUUGUGGUUAUUUCAGUGUGAAUGAUAUGGAUUGUGUAGAGAGUUUUAAGCAAUCUAAGGUGCAAUUAGAGGUGACCCAUAAAGAAACUGAUGUCAUCCCUGAUCGCAGCGACUCUCAUUCUUCAUGUGCCUCAGAUUCGUCACAAGAGUCAGCUGUUAGCAGCAUUUUCCAGACUAAUCCUCCUGCUCUUCAACCAAAACCAGAUGUUGUCGAGUCUCCGGUAGCUACGCAGACAGCGGAGGAUUCGACCCUAGAUUGUAUUAAUAGAAUCCGGAGUUCAUCCCGGGGCUCUUCUCAAAUUCGAUUAUCGGGGGCACUCGGAAACCAUGACCCAAACCGAAUACCGGUAUCGAUCUUCUCUGGUAAACCUUCAAACCCAAUGGAAUGGAGCACUGCUUCGAAUGAAUCAUUGUUUAGUAUUCAUGUGGGGAACAAUAGCUUUUCAAGGGACCACUUCAAUUUCUUUAACAAGUCUGGAGAAUUGAUGACGAACCCUGGUUUAACCCAAAAUCCAUCCAACCAGCUGCCUCCUUUUGUUGAACCAGCAAGAGUUGAGAGCAAAAAGGAAAUCACCGCGAAGCCAUGUGUUGAACCCUUGACAUCAACUGGACCUCAAAUUCCAGCCAUCUCAGUUCAGAGUGCAACAGAAGAAGUCUCGACACCUAUGGAUGAUCUUAGGGGUCGCCACAGUGUAUCAAAUGACAGCAUGAACAGCUCCCGUUCGUUUCAGUUCCCAGUAUUGGGAGGUGAAGGUGCAACACCAACAACAGCCAGCUCUGUCUCAACAGACUCAUGUCCGACACAGCAGCCGGUGGCAAAGCAGCAAUCACUGAAGCAGCAAUUGCCCGAGCAUCAAUCUCCAUCUACUGAAGCGACCUCAGCAUCGCCGACCGCAAGUUCGGGUUGGUUUUCCUGCUUCUCUUGGUGUCGACGUCGGUGAAUGUACUACUUCUUCUGCUCACAUCUCUUCCUCUUCAUCACAUAAAAAUCUACGGGGAUGGUAACUCUACAUUCUAGUAAAUUAGGUGAUGGCUCUAAUCUUCGUGGGUUGCAAUAGUUACAUACAGCAGA